UUGCUGUCGCUGUCCUAUUCACUCACUCACUCACUCUAUCUCCGAUGUGUUUGGUGUGGAUUGUCUCUGUCCUUCUCUCUCUCUCUCCUUCCCUCCCUCCCUCCAUUUGCCUGUGUCUCACACCCUCACACCUAUCACCCUUCAACUUUCUCUAAACAACCAAUUGUUUAUAUUAUCUACAAAUAGCAUACAUGCUUUCAUAGAGGAGGAGAAUAAUAAUAAUAAUAGUAAUAGUAUUAGUAAUAAUACUACUAAUUUACUAAAUUUACUAUCAGUAAUCAUAUUUAAGCCUCCAUGCAAUUCAUUCUCAAAUGUAAUCUAAGUUAGACAGUAUAAACCACCGCCACUGUAAUCCUCAUCCACAUCCACACCAUCGUCGUCCUCCUCAUCGUUCAUCAUUGUCCAACAUUAUCAUUAUCAUCAUCAUCAUAAUUGACUUUAAUCAGUUGAUAGUGAAUUUUUACUACCUGUUCUGUUGUGAUAAAGAAACGUUCAUCUGAACACUUUAAAAGUAUUUUGAAUUUUUCGCCCAAACCAAAAAAACUUAUAAAGAAGAAGAGAGUAUAUUACACACACGCAGCGCACAUACACAUACAUACACACAAUACAAAAUAUGAUGGCAUUAAAACAUUCCAUGACUACUACAGUUGAAUCAAGUUUUUCUGCAAAAAAGAAUCAUUUAAAUCAUUUAUUUUCAAGAAUAUUUUUCAAUUUAUUUUUAAUUUUUCUACUUACCAAAUGUAGUACUAUGAGUACUUCACUCGUCAGUAGUGGUUCAUGUUUUGCUGUACGUUUGGAAAACGGGAAUUGUAUCAAUCUUACCGCGAAUAAUAUAUCCAAGUUGGAAUGUUGUAAAACAGGUGGAUAUUAUCUGAAUCGUCGUAUGACACGAGAAGAACAUCUUCACAAUAAUCUACUGUUUGAAUAUGGUACACCGAAUUGUGUUGAAGCGUGUAAUGAAGAACUCCCAUCAACCUGCAGAGGAUAUAUAUGCCCUGAAGGACAUUAUUGUCGUGUGAUAAAAAAUGAACCAAAGUGUAUUUGUCGAUCGAAAUGCAGUGUAGCCGAUUAUUUAAGUGGUCCAUUGUGUACAGCAAGCUACCGGCGAUUUCGUAAUAAAUGUCAUUUAAAGCGUGCACGUUGUGCAUCCCCUGAAGAAAGUCUUCAAGUAGUCCCUUGUCCAGAAGAAGGUCUACGAUGCUCUGAAUCAAGUAUUCUAACAGAGAAUAAACGAGAUUUUAAUUCAAUAUUAAGAAGUUUUUACCCGGAAAAAUUAUCUCAACUAUCGUCAUCAUCCUCAUCAUCAGCAUCAAGAUCAUCAGCAUUGAAUGAUGAUGAAAUCUUUACGGAUGGUGACGAUGAUAAUGAUGAUGACGAUGGAGUUUUUGGUAUGAAUCGUAGAAAAGCUAAAAAUCUACAAAAUUAUAUUCCAUCAAUUCAUGAUACCUAUGAUCAAGCAACUCCUCUUGAUGACAAAUCUAAUUGUGUUGAUGAUAUACCGCCUAAAGAAUUGAUCUGCAAUCGUGAUGAAUACUGUUUAUUACGUCAAUUCGAUGGACGUCCAGCAUGUGAACAUUGGAGUCAAAAAUCAUGGCUGACAGUUCAAGAGUGUCCAGAGUCAACAUUUCAAGAACCAGUGUGUAGUACAGAUAAUGAAACAUUUUAUAAUAGUUGUGAAUUAAAGUUGGCUGGUCUGAAAAACCAACUAGAAGUGAGAAUCGCUUACAAAGGAGAAUGUCGAAGUAAGGUGACGUGUUCAGAUAUAAAAUGUCCAAGAGAAGGCAUGAAAUGUAGCCCACAUCAUAUAACCGGCCAACCGAUAUGUAUGGAUUGUGAAGACUUACCGAUAGACUGUAAUACAGAAUUCAGAAAUGGACAAGUCUUCAUACCGUCAUCAUCGUCCAGAUCAUCAUCAUCAUCAUCAGUAGGCGCUUCAGAAUUUGGUUAUCCUGUAUGGGAAAGAUCAGUAAAGACGUAUGGUUGGCCUACUGUUUGUGCGUCAAAUGGAAAAGCUUAUGCGAAUACCUGUUUUCUUCAUGUCGUCAAUUGUUUAAGUGAUACAUUUAUAGACUUGAAAAAACCUGGAUUUUGUAGUGAAACUGUUCCCCCACUGAUUUACGACUGGGGGAGAAACUCGCCAAAAUCAAGGUCAUUCCUAGAUUUAGAAUGAAUCAACAAUUUUCAGGAGUUGCACCAGUCGAGAAACAAACAAACAAACAAGCAAACCAAAGAGACGAAAGAGACAAUAAACACACUCACUUGAAAAUAAGAAAAAAACAACAACAAGAUUAUUCUCAGCACAUUUGACAUUAUAAAAAAUAAAUAAAUAAAUAAAAUUAUCACCUUGUG